CACUAUUUUCCUUCAUGAGUGGCGGCACAAACCCGGCAAGUGGCAACCACCUCGGCGGCGCAAAGGCAGCAAAGGAGGGGACAACCACCGCGCGGCCCUCCAACCUCUGACAGUCGUGUUGCAAACCGCGAAGAGAUUGGUUGGGUAGGCACCGUGGCUCUUGAACGGUCCAACCAUGAUGCAGCAGUCGACGGCAGUGAUGGUGGCAGUGCUGCUGCUGGCCACUCCCCUUCGUGCAGGGCUGGAGGAGGACAUAGAGGAGGCGGUACAGGAGCUGCCCGUCGCCCGAGCCAUACGGCAGAUCCAAUUCCCGGGCCAGUCGCAGCCAGGAAGGUUUCCGGGUGGAUUUAACUUUGGUGGCGGCGGCGGCGGCGGCGGAGGAGGAGGACGGGGAGGCUGCCUCUGUGCCCCGAUGGUCGUCUGUGCCUCGUCACUAUCACUGAUUCGUCAGACGUGCCAGCUCCCAGACGGCAGCCCAGGCGUGUGCUGCCCCGACCAGACCUUGGCAAGCAUCCCUCAGUCCAGCGGGAGGGGUGACAACAAGAUAUUUACGGCUCCGCGAAUCAACGCCAAUAUUCAGCACCUAGAUUCCCAGGGGGUGAACGAGGCCUGUCACAAGGGCCUCAAAAAAAUCAAUGAAAUUGGUAACCUAGAACAGAAUCUCAUCAGAAACAACGUAAUUCUCAAGAGUAACACACCAGCCUCCGGACACCUGCGGCAGUUCAGGACGAGUCGGCGGGCGAAGAGGAUGGCCGAGGCCGCUCAGGCUAUCGUGGCGGCUUCCACCAACAUGCUCAACGAUUUCAAGCUGACAACACGUCAGGGAGGAUUUGGCCUGAAGAAUGUGAAGGUGGCCAACACGGUGCUUGCUGACAGGUGUCCCCAGAAUCCUACGUGCAGCGGGAACCUCAAGUACCGCACUAUCGACGGCUCCUGCAACAACCCCAACAAUCCCGCGUGGGGCAUGAGCAGCACACCCAACCAGCGCAUCAUGCCGCCGACCUACGACGACGGUAUCUGGGAGCCCCGCACACGAGGCGUGGACGGUUCGCCGCUGACUAACGAGCGAGUAAUCAGCAACAACGUCAUGGCCGAUUUCGACCAACCAGACCCACAGUUCACGUCGUCUGUAAUGCAAUGGGCGCAGUUUGUGGACCACGACAUCGCACAUGUUCCUUUCCCAUCCAUGAAUGGAGAAGGAAUUGAAUGCUGUGCAAAUGGCCAAGAGAUUACCGGACCGAAUCGUCAUCCUCUCUGCUGGCCAAUCAACACCAGCAGCGACGAACUCUACAGGUCCUUCGGCACGAGCUGCAUGAACUUCGUCAGGAGCAUGUUGUCCGUCAACCCGGGCUCGGAGUGCACCUUUGGUUUUGGCGAGCAGCUGAACCAAGUCACGCACUGGCUGGACGGCUCCAACAUUUACGGCUCCUCGGAAGAGGAGGAACGGGAACUGAGGGCCCCUUCAAACGGCCUUCUAUUGACCUCUGGUAAUAACUUCCUGCCGAUCCUGCCGCAGCACCAGGGCGGCAUGUGCGAGGCGCAGGAGCGGGGCGCCAGUUGCUACUCUGCAGGCGACUCCCGCGUGAACGAGCAGCCGGGCCUCACCGCCAUCCACACGCUGUGGAUGAGGGAACACAACCGCGUCGCCCGAGACCUGCAAAACCUUAACCCGCAAUGGGAUAACGAUAAAGUGUUCGAGGAGGCCCGCAGGAUCGUGGUGGGCGAGCUGCAACACAUCACCUACAACGAGUGGCUCCCCAUCAUCGUGGGAAAGAACUUCAUGCGAUCUUUCGGGAUCAACGUUUUGGGCAACGGUUACAGCUUCGAUUACAACCCCAAUCACAACCCCAACAUGAAUAACGAGUUCUCGGCAUCUGCCUUCAGGUUCGGUCACUCGCUGGUGCAGGGAACGCUCAGACUGUUCUCGGCUAAUGGCGGGACGAGCACCAUCCAGUUGAGGAACCACUUUAACUCUCCUCACCUCAUUCAGAAAGAAGGGAAGCUGGACGAUCUCGUUCGCAGCUUGACUCAACUCGCCAUCCAGAGGUUCGACAGUUUCGUUACCAAAGACUUGUCGAACCAUCUCUUCCAGACGCCAGCCACUCAGUUCGGUAUGGAUCUGAUAAGUAUCAACAUUCAUCGAGGACGUGACCACGGUAUCGCUACCUACAACUCUAUCCGCGAGGUGUGCGGCCUUCGUCGAGCAAGAAGUUUCAACGACCUUCUCGAUCAAAUGGAAGAAAGAUCCAUCAGAUCUCUUCAAGCAGUGUACAAGAGCGUGGACGACAUUGACUUCUUUGCGGGAGGCAUGUCUGAGCGCCCCGUGUCUGGCGGGCUGCUGGGCUGGACGUUCCUCUGCGUCGUUGGUGACCAGUUUGCGCGCCUGAAGAAGGGAGAUCGAUACUUCUAUGACCUUGGAGGCCAGCCGGGCUCAUUCAGUGAAGCUCAGCUCCAGGAGAUCCGCAAGGCGUCUUGGGCUCGGAUCAUCUGUGACAACACCGAGACCAUCUCUGCCGUCCAGCCUCUUGCCUUUCAGCUGGCCAACAACCAAUUCAACCGGCCGGUGCAGUGCAAUAGCGACAGUAUCCCGCGCAUGAACCUGCGGGCCUGGGACGAGUAGCGGGAGGUCGCCCCACGCUGUCCUCCCUCGGCUCCUCCUUCGCGCGACACAUCUUCUUCUCUAAAUCUUCGUUCACUUCUUCAUCCAAAUCAUGUAAUUUUGUUUUCUUGUUAUAGUAGGGGAAGUAUUUAAAGGGCACAAAAAAAAGUAAGAAAUGCCCGAUCAAAUACACGUUCUUUAGUAAAAUAUUAAAAUGA